GUGAGCGAGCAGCAGAGAUGAAGAAGGUGUACGAGAGAAGGGUAGAAAAGUGAGAGGAGUGGUUGCUAGCAGGCAGAAACUCGGUGGAUGGAGAAGUUGAGGCUGCCGUCCAGUUCCAGUUCCAUACAACUCACGUCGAGCCAGUGAUCCGGCCGCCAUGCUGCCCUGGAGGAUGGCCGUCGUCGGUCUUUUCUACUUCUGCAUCAGAGCAGGUGUCACGCAAUAUGGCACUCAAGCUCUGUUCCCAUCUGGAAGCAAAAUGAAAAGAGGGGCGAGAAGUGUGGUGAGGCCCACCUUCCACCACUCCAUCGCUGACGUCCAUCUAUUGUUUGAGAUCCUGCUGACUGGCAUACACUUUGAGGCAAGUGGAGAGUUUUCAGUGCAAGAUGCCGAGCUGGCGUCCCUCCGCAAGACAAGAAACCUGGAGCUCAUCUGUGAGGAGGUCGUUCCCAAGAAGCUGUCCGACGUGUUCAGGCUCAUCGCUGGCCUUUCACACCACACCGGACACCUGCAUCAGGAGGAUUUUGAGCGCACCCUGUUGACCUUGGUGUACACCGCCCAGGGGAUGGUCAAUUCUUCCACCGAACACCAACGAAGCAUGUGGGCCGACUCUUUUGUCAGCUUGUACAAGUUCAUCAAGCAGGAUCUGACCGAGUGAAAUCCUGAUGUCGUUGUUUAAUAUACUCAUGUGAAAAAGAUCCGUUACGAUAAGUGGGUGGUCUCGGUUGGUGCAUUGAGGAAACAAUAGCAGGCUGUAAAGAGCCUGGGAGAUUAAUACUGUCAUCACCUAUAACACACUGUUGUAAAGUAAAGUGCAUUAAAUGAUAAUGACACAUGUA